AUGGUCGCGUUGACGGAGCCAAAGAAGCUGAGAGCUCAAUGGGCCAUACUGAGGCGAAUCUGGGCUGACCCGGAGCGACGGCGUUUGAUCGUCCGACUGCUGUUUGGUGGAGCGACUGGAGCUCUGACGGUGGCGAUUCUAAACGAAACAUUCAAGGGCAUGUGCAGUACACCGUUGGAAGCGGUACGCUUAAUGGUGCGCUUAGUCAUCAUCGUCGGCUCAACCACCGUCUGGUUCGUGGCGCGGGGCUGCAAGCCCAAAUUUAAGAACUGGACGCUGAGCUUUGAGAUCCUGCGAGCUGUUAUCCGAGAAUGCACUCGUGCGCCUCACGGAGAGCGCAUGGUGAUGCACGCCAAACACGCAUGUGUGAUCCGCUCGCAGAGUGCUGCGUUUGGUACCGCUUUAGGGUGGCUCGCUUGUCGACAGCACGGCCGGCGUCUUGAACCAGUGCACACCAACGGACUGGAGCAUAUUUGGCUCCGAUCCACAGCUCCGUCAACACCCACGACCAAACGCCUUGUGGUGCUCUACGUCCAUGGAGGUGGCUUCGCAGUCAUGAGCCCGAGACUCUACGUCUCGUUCGGAGCGACCCUCGCUGUCGCCAUCGAGAAAGAGCUCCGACUACAGCUUGGCACUAACGAAUCUGUUCGAGUCGACGUCUUCCUUGGCAACUACCUGAGCACUGCUUCCCUACGCCACCUGAAGAUACCGUCGCUGCGUACAAACACCUGCUUCAUACAGAAGGUUGAAACUUUUGGAGACUCGGAGGCUAAAUCGGCGCACUGCAUUCUGUCUCCAGAGAUGAUCGCUGCAGGACGACGGGGCUACCACACGACGGCGACGGACCGAGCGACGUGGGCAGACGCUUCGUCCGUUCACUGCGAUCUACGAGAUCUUCCACCCGUGUUUGUCCAGGCUGCAAGUCUGGACUACAUCUACCAGCACUCUAUCGGACUAGCAAAGAAGGCAGAAGCUGAUGGAGUGACCAACUGGGAGUUGGACGUACACGAAGACUUACCGCAUGUGUUCGCCAUUUUUCCAUCCUACGUGCUGCCGUACGCACAGAUCGGCGUGCAGAGGGCGGCAGUUUUCGCAGCCAAGCACUUUGCCAAAGCGUCAAGUGGUGAUGACACAACGAAGGAGGACGUAGUUGCAACGGUAGCGUAA